AUGAUCGGCCCUGAUUUGUUGAAUGAUUUGCUACAUUCUCCCAUCUUAGAGCCGUUAUCGCUCUCUUAUUAUCCUCCCACCAGUCAUGUUCCAUCCGACAAGGUCCAGACCAUUCACGCUGUUGUAACGCAACGAAAGUCACAACUUGCAGCUCUCGACGACCGUAUCGAGCUUCUGAACCAUGCGAUGGAAGAAUUACAAGUUAUCCAAGCUAGAUUGAAGGAGAAAAGGGCCAUUGUGCAAGAGUCGUUGAAAUACCACGAAGCCCUGGCAUCUCCAGCACGCUGUUUGCUACCAUCGGAGCUUCUAGGAGAGAUAUUUCUUCGGUGUCUUCCCCAGACAAAUUAUGUUACGCCUUCAUCGAAUGAAUGUCCAAUGGUCCUCACAAAGGUCUGCCGUCACUGGCGAGUAGUUGCCCUGUCCACUCCCCGAUUAUGGGCGUCCUUAAGCAUAUCCUUGCUUCGGGCAAACACAACUAGUGGUGACGAGUACAAGCGUUGGCUAGAAAAAGCCCGGAGUGUCCCACUAUCCCUUCGUGUGGUGCAUGACAUGGACCUCUCAGAUAGGAAAGAACCUCUUUCCAUACAAUGGCUCCGACCUUUCCUGGGUCAAUGUUCUGACCUUUGGUGGCAUGGGCCUCCUGUCCAAGGUUUAUUAGACGGCUCUGUCCAGUCCCUGUCGCGCUUUCAGGUAACUUUUCACAAAGCAAGUAUCCUGGUCUCCAUACCCAGCCCAAUGCCACGACUUCGUUCUGCGGUCUUGCAAUCCAUGACUUGCGAUCUACACUCUUUGCGUUCCAUUGACUUGCCUUGGCACCAGCUUUUGGAACUGAAGAUACAGUUUGCACUGGUUAGCAGUGCUACUUUUCUGCAGGUCAUCAGCCUCUGUACGCAAGUCCAACGGGUCAGCGUUUCAUCCAUAUGUGUGGAUCCAUUGCCACAGACGGACCUGCAGCCGUUCCCUCUGAUAGGCACGGUGAAUCACAGUAUUCAUCAACUUGAGGUCAAUGUUAUCCGCGCUGGCUUAGGCAAUCUUUUCGAAGCCCUGACCCUACCAGCGUUAGAGGAGUUGGUCAUCCGCUUCUGUUCGCCGGAUAUGUAUCCUUGGCCACACAAACAAUUCUCAGCAUUCGUUACUCGGUCCAAAUGCCCACUCAAGUGGGUCACUAUACACCGCAACAAGGGCGUCGAAUCGCACCUCACAGAAUACCUUAAGAUGUUGCCAGGUUUGAAGAUGGUAACGUGA